AUGCCAGACCCAAACAAUCCGACUGAGGCGCCCCUCUCCACAAAAUCUCACGUCCUAGAGACCGCUGCCGCUGCAACCCAGAACUUCACACCAGUCAACCAGAUCUGCGCGCAUUUGCACGCCUUCCACGUCUACGCUGACGACCCCACACGCUGUGUCGAUGCGAACCAUUACUGUACGCAUUUGACAGAGGAUAUCCGCCAAUGCCUCAUCUACGACAGCCCGAACAAGGGCGCCCGGCUAAUCGGGGUCGAAUACAUGGUCUCCCCGCGCAUUUUCGACACUUUACCUUCUGAAGAGCGAAAGCUCUGGCAUACGCACACCUACGAAGUGAAAUCAGGUAUGCUGAUCAUGCCGACUCCGGCCGGUUUACCAAACGCAGCAUGGGAAGCUGCGGAGACGAGCGAAAUGCGCGACAUCAUCCCGCUCUACGGCAAGACGUAUCACCUUUGGCAGGUUGACCGUGGUGAUCCGGUCCCGCUAGGCGAGCCGAAGCUCAUGUUGAGCUUUACAGAUGAGGAGAAGGUGAAGAAUGCAGUACCCGGGGGGCUGGAUGAAUUGGUUAAGGAGCGAGAUCGAGCGUUUGGAGUAGAUACGAAGGUGAAGAGGGAGAAGAGGGCAGACAUUGAGGCUACAGAGAAACAUCCUGAGCCGGCAUGGGGUGGAACAAAGAUCACGCUCGAGUCAUGCUGA